CGGAAGCCUGCGCUGCCUGCUUCCGGACGGCGGCAAGAUGGCGGUGGCGGCGGCGGAGCUGCAGCGUCUGCAGUGGCGCCUGGAGGACCUGGAGCGUCGCGUUGGCGGCAGCGACGGGGUCUGCGGGCCGCGCAAGGUGGCGGACGAGCUGGUGAAGGUGCAAGUGGCGCUGAGCAAUAUCGCCGGCAAGAGAGAGAGGAUCAAGAUCCUGUUUAAGAAAAUUGAAGAUGUAAUAAAGUACCUCGACCCUCAGUACAUUGAUAGAAUGGCUAUGCCAGAUGCUAUGAAGCUGCAGUUCAUCUUGGCAGAGGAGCAGGCCAUUCCUUCCCGAGCAGCCCUUCUGGAGCAGGUGAAGAACCUCCAGCCCGUCUUGGACAGUGCCAAUAUCCAAGCCGUUCCUGACCAUGCAGCCAAGCUACAACGACUCUCUCAGAUCCAUAUACAGCAGCAGGAACAGUGUCACGAUCUCACUGACAGCGUCAAGACACUCCUUGAAGAUUACAACAAAAUGACUUUGCUUCUCUCCAAGCAGUUUGUCCAGUGGAAUGAAAUACUGACACGACUGGAAGUGGCCAAGGAAGCCAAACCUGUGGCAGAGUGACUGCGGAGUCAGGAGCACGGAGAACCCUGGGGACUCUGCUGGUCUUGGGCCUCUGGAGAGGCUGCAGCAUGGCUUGCACCCUGUAGUCAUGGAAUCUUCCUGCUUGGUGUUAGCAUGCUGUGAAUGGCAUCAUAAGCUCCCAAGGUCAUCCUGGCUCCAUACCUGAGUUGUUAGCCCCAAAUCAAAGCCACACUACUCCUUAAUAUGCCACUGUUAGCAAAUAUUGCACUUCCCCAAAGUAUCUUUUGUGGUUUAACAUAUUUAAUAAUCCCUUUCUGCUUUAACUGUGGGCCACAGUAAAAUCCUGAAAAACU